AAAAUGUUCCCCCAUGUUCUCCCCCCUUUUCAUGGUUCACUUUUCUUGUGACCCCUCCCCCCCAUGUGACUUCCAAUGGUUUUACAUGCAUAGUUCUGCUGUUCAACCCUUCGACCACAAUGCAAUCGCUUUGCUUCCCAGACCUGAUGCCUUCCCUGUGGUCAAUCCUGUGUGGUCCAAACAUUUUUUUUUUGGUUGUGUCACGAUACCUUUUCUACAAGUGUGAUCCCAUAGUUUGUUUACCGUAUUUUGGGUUUGGGAAACAUUGUGGUUCACCCUGGUUUGUGCAGUUAAAAUGAAGUAAGACCCACUGUGGUGGUUGCCAUGCUUUUCUGUGGGACAGGUGGUUAGGAGGUGCUCAAUGUUUUCACAGGGGCAGUUCACCUAACGAAACAUGGGUUGCAGAUGGUUUUGUGUGUGAGUCGAAGGGUUAACAAUCCCAUAGUUAGCGCAGGGCUAUAAAUAUUCCGAUGGGGGGAAAGUGCAGCGGCUUCUGUGACAUAGCAUACGAAGGACCAGAACAGUUUGAGGGGUUAGCUUCGGUAUAAUUGACCCAAACGACUGGUCAUCUCAAAGGCGUAGCUGCAGGUCGCUAGGCAGAGGAGGGAAACACUGAGUCACUACAGACUCACUCGAGUAAUAUGAGAGCGUAAAAGUCUCACUUGUCGUCCCUGUAACGCUGCGUUCACAUCGGACGCGAUGCGAAUUUUCGCGUCCGCAAACAUGAACUGUUAAAUGAAUAAAAGUCAGACAGAAAUGCAGAUGGCAAAAAUACACAGUGCGGUUGUGCUAACAAAGCCGUCCAACUUCUUCGUUCACUCCCUGCCUAGCCCUCUCCUUCUUCACCCGGUCACGAUUCAAAUAGCAUGCUGGUGGUUCGACGCAAAUUUGCGUGUUUCGCGCCGCACUACUUGCACCAUUCGCGUCGCCCGCUUCAGUGCCACGAAACUCACGUCUUUGCAUUGAUGUGGUAUGUAAUCUCGUCGCGCUACGAAUUUGCGCCGCGUCUGGUGAGAACGCACCAUAGGUGUAGUUAUGGUAGCUUAACCUCUGCUGGCUUCUCAACUACGAUUGGAUACAAUGGGCCUCAAAUAAAGACACUGCAAAACAAGCAGUGUAGUUGCUAAGUUUUGCCAGCUGUUCUUCAUAAUGUUGAGGCGUACAGGUUGAUUUUAUGUAGCCAAUAGUAAAGUUACAGUUUUUAUAGUUUUGUAAGACGCCUGGAAAUAGCUUUGUACACGUAGGAACCUGCCAGAUUUAUUUAUUAGUAAUAAAUUACCUCCGCUGAUAGUUUGAGCUUAAAGCAGCGUAUCCGAAGCCUGCAUGUAGACGGAGCUCUUUUUGUACAAAGAAUAAGUUGUUGUUUGUAAAUAUAUUUUUAUUUUACAAACCAUUCUCUGUAAAAUAGAAAUAUGUUAUAUCAAGAAAAAAAACUGUGUACCACAAUACCACAGGCCCAUACUAACUGUCCUUAAUUUCUCUCCUACAGCAGUACUGCUUUGCCAGUCCUGUACUGCACUCUGUUAAGGGUGCAGCAACUCAUCCUGUGCUUCUUUUCUGCCGGUUGAAGUCUGACUGCAGAAGGACCCUUGGCACUGAAAGUGGGGCAAAACGCCGGACCCCAAGAUGCAGGUCAGGUCGUACGUGGACGUCAUGUUGGAGCAGAACUUGUCCAAAGAGGAGAGAGAGAUUCGCCUGCAGCUGGCAGAGAAGGCAAAAUCGGGGGACUUGAAAGUUGUCAACGGGUCCGCCGCCGCCCAGGCUGCCGCCGCUGCUGCCGCCACAAAGCGCAAGCGUCGCUGGGAUCAGACGGCCGACCAACAAACCCCUUCUAACACCACGCCCAAAAAGAUGUCCAGCUGGGACCAGGCUGACACUAGUGGCGAGACUCCAGGACACACCCCCGGACACACACCCUCCAACAGCCGAUGGGACGAGACCCCCGGCCGCCCCAAAGGCAGCGAGACCCCCGGGGCCACUCCCAGCACACGCAUGUGGGACCCCACCCCCAGCCACACGCCCGCCGGCGCUGCUACCCCCGGCAGGGACACGCCCGGCCACGCCACGCCAGGCCACGGUGGAGCCACGGGCAGCGUGCGCAAGAACCGCUGGGACGAAACCCCAAAGACGGAGAGAGAGACCCCAGGACACGGCAGUGGAUGGGCGGAGACCCCCCGCACAGACAGAGGGGACGAGUCUGUCGGUGAGACCCCGACCCCGGGGGCCAGUAAGAGGAAGUCUCGGUGGGAUGAAACUCCGGCCAGUCAGAUGGGAUCCUCAACACCGCUGCUCACCCCCGGGAAGACUCCCAUUGGAACACCAGCCAUGAACAUGGCGACACCAACACCAGGUCACCUGAUGAGCAUGACCCCAGAGCAGCUGCAGGCCUGGAGGUGGGAGAGGGAGAUCGAUGAAAGAAACCGGCCUCUCACUGACGAGGAGCUCGACGCCAUGUUUCCAGAGGGAUACAAGGUCUUGCCUCCACCGGCGGGCUAUGUGCCGAUCCGCACGCCGGCCCGGAAGCUGUCGGCCACGCCCACUCCCAUCGGAGGCAUGACAGGUUUCCACAUGCAGGUGGAGGAUCGCACCACCAAGCAGAUGAACGACCAGCCCUCAGGAAACCUGCCCUUCCUCAAACCCGACGACAUCCAGUAUUUUGACAAACUGCUGGUGGAGGUGGACGAAUCCACGCUGAGCCCAGAGGAGCAAAAGGAAAGGAAGAUCAUGAAGCUGCUGCUGAAAAUUAAAAAUGGAACACCCCCCAUGAGGAAGGCCGCCCUGCGUCAGAUCACGGACAAGGCUCGUGAGUUCGGAGCGGGUCCUCUCUUCAACCAGAUCCUGCCGCUGCUCAUGUCGCCAACACUGGAGGACCAGGAGCGCCACCUGCUGGUCAAAGUUAUAGACCGCAUCCUCUACAAACUGGACGACCUGGUCCGGCCGUACGUGCACAAGAUCCUAGUGGUGAUCGAGCCACUGCUGAUCGAUGAAGACUACUACGCCAGAGUGGAAGGCAGAGAGAUCAUCUCCAACUUGGCAAAGGCCGCCGGUCUGGCAACGAUGAUCUCCACGAUGCGACCCGACAUCGACAACAUGGACGAGUACGUCAGGAACACGACGGCCCGCGCCUUCGCCGUGGUGGCGUCCGCCCUGGGCAUCCCCUCGCUGCUGCCCUUCCUCAAGGCCGUGUGCAAGAGCAAGAAGUCGUGGCAGGCGCGGCACACAGGCAUCAAGAUUGUGCAGCAGAUCGCCAUCCUCAUGGGCUGCGCCAUUCUGCCCCACCUCCGCAGCCUGGUGGAGAUCAUUGAGCACGGUCUGGUGGAUGAGCAGCAGAAGGUGAGGACCAUCAGCGCUCUGGCCAUCGCCGCUCUGGCCGAAGCCGCCACACCGUACGGUAUCGAGUCGUUCGACUCGGUGCUCAAGCCGCUGUGGAAGGGAAUCAGGCAGCACAGAGGAAAGGGUCUGGCCGCUUUCCUCAAAGCCAUCGGUUACCUGAUACCGCUGAUGGACGCCGAGUACGCAAACUACUACACCAGGGAGGUGAUGUUGAUCCUCAUCCGAGAGUUCCAGUCCCCCGACGAGGAGAUGAAGAAGAUUGUGCUCAAGGUGGUGAAGCAGUGUUGUGGCACUGACGGUGUCGAAGCAAACUACAUCAAGACGGAGAUCCUGCCUCCGUUCUUCAAACACUUCUGGCAGCACAGGAUGGCUCUGGACAGACGCAACUACAGACAGCUUGUUGACACCACGGUGGAGUUGGCCAACAAAGUGGGAGCGGCCGAGAUCAUCUCGCGCAUCGUGGACGACCUGAAGGAUGAGGCGGAGCAGUACAGGAAGAUGGUGAUGGAGACCAUCGAGAAGAUCAUGGGCAACCUGGGCGCCGCCGACAUCGACCACAAGCUGGAGGAGCAGCUGAUCGACGGCAUCCUGUACGCCUUCCAAGAGCAGACCACAGAGGACUCUGUGAUGCUGAACGGGUUCGGCACGGUCGUGAACGCCCUGGGGAAGCGCGUGAAGCCCUACCUGCCUCAGAUCUGCGGUACGGUGCUGUGGCGUCUCAACAACAAGUCGGCCAAAGUCCGUCAGCAGGCGGCUGACCUCAUCUCCCGCACGGCUGUGGUCAUGAAGACCUGCCAGGAGGAGAAGCUGAUGGGUCACUUGGGUGUGGUGCUGUACGAGUACCUGGGGGAGGAGUAUCCCGAGGUGCUGGGCAGCAUCCUGGGAGCGCUGAAGGCCAUCGUCAACGUCAUCGGAAUGCACAAGAUGACUCCUCCGAUCAAAGACCUGCUUCCUCGUCUGACGCCCAUCCUGAAGAACAGACAUGAGAAGGUGCAGGAGAACUGCAUCGACCUGGUGGGAAGGAUCGCCGACAGGGGAGCUGAGUACGUGUCGGCCAGAGAGUGGAUGAGGAUCUGCUUCGAGCUGCUGGAGCUGCUGAAGGCUCACAAGAAGGCCAUCCGCCGAGCCACCGUCAACACCUUUGGCUACAUCGCCAAGGCCAUCGGGCCUCACGACGUGUUGGCGACGCUGCUCAACAACCUGAAGGUGCAGGAGCGUCAGAAUCGCGUCUGCACCACCGUGGCCAUCGCCAUCGUGGCCGAGACCUGCUCGCCGUUCACCGUGCUGCCGGCGCUCAUGAACGAGUACCGCGUGCCCGAGCUCAACGUGCAGAACGGCGUGCUCAAGUCGCUCUCCUUCCUGUUCGAGUACAUCGGAGAGAUGGGCAAGGACUACAUAUACGCCGUCACGCCGCUGCUGGAGGACGCGCUCAUGGACCGAGACCUGGUCCACCGACAGACGGCGAGCGCCGUGGUGCAGCACAUGUCGCUGGGCGUCUACGGCUUCGGCUGCGAAGACUCGCUCAACCACCUGCUGAACUACGUGUGGCCCAACGUGUUUGAGACGUCGCCCCACGUGAUCCAGGCCGUCAUGGGCGCCCUGGAGGGGCUGCGAGUCGCCAUCGGGCCCUGCCGCAUGCUGCAGUACUGCCUACAGGGUUUGUUCCAUCCGGCCCGGAAGGUGCGAGAUGUCUACUGGAAGAUCUACAACUCGAUAUACAUCGGCUCUCAGGACGCGCUCAUCGCUCACUACCCACAAGUCUACAACGACGAGAAGAACGUGUUCGUCCGCUGCGAGCUCGAGUACGUCCUGUAAAUACUGAUAAAUAAGCCCUUGUGUUUUUUCUCUCCUCCUUCCUCAGCCGUCGUCCUCCGCCGUUGUCUCGGUUCAGGAUCCGGUUGUUUUUUAAUUCAGCAGCUGUUCGUCGGUCUGAACGGUCCCGUGUCCCGAAGCCACUUAUUGAUCCUGAGGGAAUUAGGGAACUAGUGGAGAAGGGAGGAGCAGUGAUGUAGACCUCUGUAUGUAUUGUUUUUUUUAUGUCUUUUUUUCAGUGUUCCCUGUUUAAGGAACGUUCAGGGUCCGACGAGCCUCGGUUGACGAAAGCAGCGUAGUCACGACGACAAUGUUUUAAAUAUUUUGGAUGAUGAUUUUCCUUUUUUUGGCUAUAUGUGUAUUUUUGCUUCUCUCUCAGCUGUACACACCCUCAUGUUCCACCGCUCCUCCGUUCUUAUUAGGUCGUUGCUUUAUUUAACCAAAAUAAAAUGUUUGUGUAUAAAAAAAAA